AUUACGUUAGCCAUGAGGAUUCCACAGUUGGGAGUGUCGCCGCUACUGAAGGCACUUAUUCAGAUACGGGGGCCUGAUGCCACCAAGUUUUUGAACGGUUUAAUUACACUGAGAUUACUUCCAAAUAUCGUUAAGAAGAAGCAACAUACUAUUAGUGCCAAAGAAGAUAAACAUGCCAAAUUGGAUGAGGUUAUUGAUCUAAAUAAGAACUGGGGGUUGAUGCAUGAGGACAUUUAUGAUCCUGAAGAAAAUAUCUUGAUUAGAAGAGAUGGAAUCAAUUCUAUGUUCUUGAAUUCAAAGGGAAGAAUCGUUAAUGAUUGUUUCUUAUACAGUCAACCGUUUCAUAAUCACGAAGGAAAGUUUGACGAAGAGAUGCUGGAGCCCAAUUUCUUGGUUGAAAUUGAUCAAGGUUUCGUUAGUCAAUUACAGAUGUUAUUAAGGUUGCAUAAACUUAGCUCUAGAAUAAAAAUUACCCAUAGAAAAGACUUACAUUCGUAUUAUUAUUAUAAUGAUAGUGUUGAGUUUGAUGAAUGGUUAGAUGAUUUACAGUUCAAUCAUUUCAAUAGUUUUGAUCCUAUUGAUGCUUUACAAAAAACCAAUUCUUUUAUACGACAAGAAGUAUUAUUCAACUCCAAGUAUGCUUCGAAUAUCGUGGGAUUUGCUAUAGACAAUAGAAUUCCCAAUUUUGGGAUCAAAAUCAUCACCAACAAGGAGUUGGUGGUGGAUGAUAAGGCCGAUGAUGCUAAAAUUCCUUUGAACGAAGUUUUCAGUCAAAACUUUCUUGCCAAAUUCCCAAUCGAAUGCACUUCGGAAGAAUACGUUACUAAAAGAAGGUAUAUCAAUGGGCUAUUUGAAAUCGCCGAUGCUCCAAAGGGCACCUCGCUACUUCCUUUUGAAACCAAUCUAGACUAUGUCAAUGGCUUAUCGUUGGAAAAGGGCUGCUAUGUUGGACAAGAAUUAACUAUCAGAACUUUUAAUAAUGGUAUCAUACGUAAGAGAAUUGUCCCAAUUCAGUUUUUCGAAAUCAACGAUACAAACAUGGAAACCAUGGCCCAACAAGAUUACCCAAUAUUAGACCGUGAAGACCCCAUCAUCGAUCUUUUGAAAAACAUCAAUUCUUCCACCAUCAGCAACAUCGAUGUAUCUGCGUUAUCUCACGAUCAAAACUCCUCAGACGACCCAGAACCACAGACCGCUGCUGCAAAUAAUCCUUUUGGAUCCAAACCCAUCGCAUCAUCCGGCCCAUCUCCAUUUGGCUCGACUUCUAAACCGGUCCGUAAAAGAAAAACGUCAAAGGGUAAAAUCCUUUCAUCUGUUGAUAACUUGGGCUUCAUGCUCAUGAACACCUCUGACUUACACGCAAACACUCUCUACGAAAUGGGCAUUCCCUCUUUACAAGGAGGCAGUGAGCAAGGAGUUAAAAAAGUUGGGAUCAAGGCCUAUCAACCAGACUGGUGGUUGGAGGAAGAACCUGAAUAAGGCAGUGUUCUGCUACACUAUACCUACACCUAUACACUACACUAUACUGUAAAUACACUAUUUAUUCACC